UGCAAGUUUCAACCUUUUUUCCUUGCUCAGGAGUUUAGCUAAAACCCAUUAUAAUUAUAAUUAAUCUAGCUACUAUUGAAACUGUCGGUGUAUGCAUCUUUAUGUUCAAAUUCAAACAUUUAUCCUAAGUUUCGUAUCUUUGUAGUUUUAGUCCAAACUAUUAAUGUAGUCAAGAAUAGUUAGAACUUAUUUGGUACAAAAUUUUGGCACUUCUUUGUUGUUGUGAUUCAUGUAAAGGCCAUGACAUGAGUAUUUUAUCAUUGAGGUGUCUCUUUUAUUGCGCAUGAAGUGCCUAAAACAUAGAAUUUGAUUAGACCCAUUUCAAAGUUUCUAUCUUUUCUUUCUGGGGUUCUUUCAUUUUGUUCAUUCAUUUCUUCAAACAUUUCGUAUCUUCAAUCUCUUUGCAUUUUUACUGUGAAAAAACAGAACACAGAAGUUAUAAAAAAAAAAGAAGUGAUUUUUAUUCAUGAUGAGUUUUCUAACAGGAUCUCCUAAAAGCUCUUGGGAACCUAUUAUGACUGUUAAGACAAAUACUCAGAGUUAUUGGUUGAAUUGGAGGGUUUUGCUUUGUUCAAUUUGGGUUCUGUUUUCAAUAAUUUUCUCAUCAUUGCUUAUAUGGAAGUAUGAAAAACUUUUAAGAAAUGUUUCACCAAGAAAUGGUUGUGAAAGGGAAACACAAGAAGAAGAAGAAGAAGAAGAAGAAGAAGAAGAAGAAGAAGAAGAAGAAGAAGAUUCAGCAAUUUUGUAUGAAGAUGAAACUUGGAGGCCUUGUUUAAAAGGAAUUCACCCUGCUUGGCUUUUGGCUUUUAGAGUUUUUGCAUUUUUUGUUCUUUUGGUUCUUCUCACUUUCAAUGCUGUUGUUGAUGGAGGAAGCAUUUUCUACUAUUACACUCAGUGGACAUUUGCUUCAAUCACAUUCUACUUUGGGUUAGGAUCAAUACUCUCUAUGCAAGGAUGUUAUAAACAUCAUAAGAAAUCAAGUGGUGAUAAGGUUGAUCAUGUGGAUGGAGAUGCAGAGCAAGGAAUGUAUGAUGUUCAUGUACUCCCACAAAGUUCUUAUGCAUCAAACCAACACAAAAAUUUGGGAGUUUCAGAAGUUGUUGUUCUUCGCCAACAUGCCGGCACUUGGGGUUAUAUUUUUCAAAUCAUAUUUCAGAUAAAUGCAGGUGCUGCAUUGCUCACUGAUUGUGUAUUUUGGUUUGUAUUUGUUCCAUUUCUAACCAUCAAAGAUUACAAUCUAAAUUUUUUAGUAAUCACUAUGCACUCAAUCAAUGCUAUUUUCCUCAUAGGCGAUACAGCUUUAAAUUCCUUGCCUUUCCCUUGGUUUCGAAUGGGAUACUUUUGCUUAUGGACAGUUACAUAUGUGAUUUUCCAAUGGAUUGUUCAUGCUUGCAUUAAUCUCUGGUGGCCUUAUCCAUUUCUUGAUUUGUCAACCUCAUAUGCUCCACUAUGGUACUUUGCUGUGGCAUUACUGCAUUUUCCAUGCUAUGGUAUUUUCAAUUUGGGAAUAAAGCUCAAACAUUAUGUCUUGUCAACGCGCUACCCCGACUCGUAUCAAAGUGUUAGACUUAGAUGAUACUGGCUUAGGACUAAACAAAACUAUAGCUUCAAUUUUCUGAAGAACAUCAACUUAACCACAGAAAGAAGGAAGAUGAGGAAGGAGGAAGGAGGAAGAGACAAAUAAUACUGUUUAGCAAUGAGUUCACAUAAUGUCAAAAUAAAUAGCAAAAUAUAUCUUUCUUUUUCUUUUUUCUUUUGUGAAGAUUAGCAAUUUCCAAUACAUUCAUACCUUAUUUAGCUCCUUAACAAGUUUCCUAGGACAUUAGUUAGCAUUUUACUAAAAAGAAUUGAAUUGAUGU